AUGAACAUCUGCCUGCUCUUCCUAUGGCACCUUGCAAUCUGUCUCCGCGCCGCCUUCGCCGAUGACAAUCGCAGCGCAGCUCCUUCUGCGCCACCCGAAUACGACGAGGCGAUCGACAACGGCACAUACGACUAUUAUCCAACACGAGCAUAUGCAACGGUAGGAGGUUUGACGUCACCGCGGACGAACUACUUACAGUGGGAUGCGCGGUGCGACGAUGGACUGUUCAACUUCGUAACGCCACGCGGCUGGAGCUUACCGGAGCCUGGGCCGAUGAUACUGGACAACAAGGGUGAUUUGAUUUGGUCGCAGCAUUUCGAGGGCAAGUCUAGUGGGCAGGCGUAUGAUUUUCGGGUGCAGGAAUACCGGGGGCAGGAUUACCUCACAUUUUGGUUAGGCGACGAUCGCGUUAGAGGGCAUGGUUCUGGGUUUUAUUAUAUGAGUAGGCGCAGCCACAUCUGGGACUGCCUCUUCCAGGAGGUUGACGUUGCCACUGGAGAGCUCGUCUUCGAGUGGCGUGCAUCGGAGCAUGUCCCUAUCAACGAGACAUAUCACAUCAUCGGACCUGGCGGCACAAAAGACGAUCCUUUUGACUGGUUUCACAUCAACAGUAUACAGAAGGACGAUCUCGGCAACUACUUGAUAUCGGCACGCUACACUCACAGCAUUACCUACAUUGAUGGUCAGACUGGCGAUAUCAUCUGGACGCUUGGAGGCCAUCGUAAUGACUUCAUGGAUAUGAGCAACGGCUUUGCGAUCAACUUUGCUUGGCAACACGAUGCACGCCUGCAUCCCAUAGACAUGUUCCCGAACCUGUUCUGGCCACCGUCGGAGAAACCUGGGUACCAGACUCAGCUGCUGACAAUGUUCGAUAAUGCUAAUGAGGAUCAACACUAUGAUUACGGCAUGACCUACUCGCGUGGCUUGCUCCUCGCACUAACCUAUCCCACCACGCCCGACUCGCACUCCUCCAAGCAUCAACCCGAGACCCAUCUCGAACAAAGCGGAGAUAUCUACACAGAAGCCGAGAACAACUUCAACAAGCUCUUCGAGAUCAACGGCACGAAUCCAGAUUAUUCAGUCCGCCUCCUACAAUCCUACGUCAACCCUCACCUCAUCCACUCGUCCUCACAAGGAUCACUGCAGGUCCUUCCGCAACCUGGCGGCGACCCAAAGAUUCUAGUCGGCUAUGGCUUGAAUGCCGCAUGGACUGAGUUCGACGCUGAUGGCACGGUGCUAUGCGACGUCCAUUUCGGCGCCGAGACUUCGUUCGAACGAGGUGAUGUGCAAAGCUAUCGCGCUUACAAAUUUGCGUGGACGGGUACACCAGAGACGGCGCCCGCCUUAGAGAUCAGCGAUGAUGAUGUGGAGGUGUACGUCUCAUGGAACGGCGCUACGGACGUAGUAGACUGGGUGCUGCAGUGCUCGGAAACGGUUACCGAGGAUGACGAGGCAUGGGCAGAUGUAGCGCAGGUUGAGAAGGAUGGCUUCGAGACCGUGAUACCCCUCCCAGAGGACGCAGCGAGCCAAUCUCGAUAUCUUCGCGUCAUCGCCCUUACUACUGCCGGCCGACGACUCGACUACGGCAUCUCGAGGACCAUCGACCGCGAGGAAGAUGACGACUCGUACUUCUCAAUCACCGCUAGUGGCCUAAAGGCGCAAGUCGCCAGUCUCUCACCCACGAAAGUUUUCAUCAUCGUGGCCUCGAUUACGGGUGGCGUCUUCUUGCUCUAUGAGGGCUACCGUCGCUAUUUGAGCUGGAAGACCGGACGACCUGGCGGUGGACCUUUGAUGAGGUGGCGGCCGGGCGGAGCGUAUAAACUGUUGGCGGGCUCGCCGGCAUGA